GCACAUGCGCGUUGGGCAAUCUACCGGAGCGCGAGGACGGGUAGGAGAGCAGUCCUAAUGGCGGAGAACGUACGGUCGCCUUUUGACUACCGGGAGCCACCGACCCUCGACAGUGACGGUGAUGGGAGCAAACCGCCACCGCCGCCGCCCCGGGGGCGGGUGUGUGGGAGAAAAAGGAAGGGUACACCUGUGAAGGUGUGUGACCAGGCCUACGUGACCGAGGAUGAAGAGGAGGAAAGUCUGUCUGAACACAGCUACAGUCCGGGUGGUGGGCAGUACCCAGAGGGAGCGGAGGACAGACUGCCUCCACCCGGAAGCCCUUACUACCUUGCUGACCCCUCCCAGCUCUGCGUGUCGGAGCUGGGUGAGGAGGGGGCGAGUGGUGUCCGGGGGCCAGUGCUCUUCCACCCCCCUCCCAACUGCAGAAUCCGAGAGGUGCACUGUGGAAGCCAGGUGCGACUGGUCGUUAUAGCGAUCCAUGACAUCGCCAAAGGGGAGGAGAUCACGGUGGACUACAGCCUGACGGACUGGGGAGAGAACGCCAUGGGAUUCCAUAGCUCUGUGUCUUCGCGAGGGUUUGACUGCAGCUUUAACCCAGACAAUAACAUUAAGAAGGAGGAAGAGCCCGGCCCCCACCCUCUGUCUCUCUCUGACUACCUCACCCCCUCCUGGUCCCUCUCCCCUUCCUCCUCCCCGCUCACCCACUCUGAGCCCAGCGACUCAGACCGAGAAGAAGAUGACGACGACGACGAUGAUGAUGAAGAAGAGAUGGAGGAGCUAAGGGGCCGUAUGCUCAGUCGCCGAAAGAAGCGCAAGAUAGCUGUCACGGUCACCACCAAGAAGAACAGCGCCGCUAAUCCCAGGGUGGGACCCGGCCACCCCUGCUCGUUGUUAUCCUCCCGAUUGGCUGCCUCCCCGGCCCAGACCCAGUCUCAGGCCGCCACUACCCUGGCGCCCCCCACCACCAAUAUCAACAACAACAUCAACAUAAACAUUGGCAGCUCCAGCGGGGCUACUGUCAGCCGACGGCAGCACUGUUCCUACUGCGGCCGCCACUACCGUUCGCUGGCGCGCCACCUGGAGAAACACCAUGCCAACCAGCCAAAGGUCAGGGCGGCCAUGGAUCUAGCCACACACCACACACACUCCUCCUCUACCUCCUCCCAUCCUCACUCCUCCACCACCACCACCUCUCAUGGCCAUACCUUCGCCUCCCCCCAGCCCUCAUCAUCCUCCGCUCCCGCCCCUCCCCCUCCUUUCUCCAGUGAGAGAGAGAGGGAUGCGCCGGCCACUCGAAGUUCCUCGGGGGCGGUCUCCUUUUCGCUCUCAUUGUCUGCUCAGUCGGCUGUGGCCAAGAAAGGCUCCAACUUAUCGGUGCAGACGCCAAAGCAAUGUUUCGCCCCUGCAGUGGCACCGGUUAAAAGCCUGCCCACACCAGCCAGGAGGGGCCGCAGGCCGAAGAGAGCAAAGGAGGAGCAGCAGAAAACAGAGGAGUGCUUCAGGAGCAAGGAGGAAGAGAUACCUCCACGUUCUACCCUCGAGCCGGAGGAAGAAGAGCCGGGUGAGGAGCUGGAGCUGUGUGGAGCUGGGGAAGGGGAUAGUCCUGGGAAUAAGAGUGUCGAGAUGGCUAGCUCUCACAGACAUCACAUGCCCCCUCUCCUAUCCUCCCUCUCCUGCCUGGUGCUCUUCCUCCGCCGGCAGCAACACUCUUCCUUCUUGUCCCUAUCACGCUCCCCCAGUUCGGCCGAGGCCUGGCGCCUACUUUGCCACUCCAGCCUGGCGCUACUUAUCCUCUACAACCGGCACCGUGAGUGCGAAGUGGCCAAGCUCACCACCCAGGACUACCACAACCGCACCACCACACCGAGCCCAACCCAGGCUAACUUGGCCAACGACCCCCCCACUGGCCUAGAGGCCAUCCUCUCCCCCUUCGAGCACCAGGUGCUUUGCCACCUCCCCCGGGCAGGUGUGCUGGGUAAGCGGGGGCGUAUCCAACCCCUCAUCCUGCCCCCGCACUGCGAGCCCUGCAUGGAGCUGCUCCUUCAGACCUCUGCCAAUGUGGGCGUGGACCCCCACAGCCCCUACGUCUUCUCCCGGCCCUUCCACUCGCCCGCCACCCCGCUCCGGGGCACCGACCUGCUGCGCAACCUGGCACGUGCCAGCGGCGCCAAGAAUCCCGGAGUGCUGACCCAAACGCGAGUGCGCCGGCAGGUGGCCAUCCUUACCCAGUUACUGCUCUUGGAGGAAGGUGAGGGGCAGGGCCUGCCGAGCGGGGCGGCUGGCAAGCGCCUGGAAGACUUCCUGCAGCGGGAGUACCACGUAACCCAGAGCUGCACCACGAUAGGCCGAGACCCUGCGUUGAUGGGACAUGUGGGCAGGGUGGUGCUUUAUGGGGAGCGGCAGGGCGUGCUGUUCAAGGGGAUGAGCCUGCAGCACAUUUGUCUGGAGCUGGAUGUGAUGUCGGGUAACUCUGCAGACUCCUUCUCAGGUGACUCGGACGGGGAGGCAGAGAAGGUGGAGGUGGUGAAGAAGCGACCAGGUCGACCCCCCCGCAAGAAAAAAGGACCCCCUCCCUCUGUCAACCCUCCGCUCCCUGGUGCCCACAAAAGGAGAAGCAUCCAGCCCAAGUCCGGGAAGCGUGGGGUGCUGAAGCGGCCCUGGUCGGAGGCGGAGCGAGUCGCCGUGGAGACGCACCUGAAGAGGAACAUCAUGGAAUUGCGGGUGCCAGCCAAGGCAGACUGCGAGCGCUGCUUGCACCUCUGCCCUCUGCUGGUCAGCAACCAGCGCGACUGGAGGGCCAUCAAGUUUUACUGCCACAACCGCAUCCAGCUACUGAAGAAACAAGGCCGGAAGGAGAGUGCAGGACAAGGGGCACUCUGUUAGAUAGGGAUGGGGAGAGAGAGAGAGAGAGAGAGAGAGAGAGAGAAAGGAAGUGAGAGAUGUAGCAGUCGGUUCUCGACCUCUCACGAUCUGGAGUGACCUGAUUCUGGUCCUGGCGAAGUAAGCGCAGUCUACUGGUUUUCUACUGAAUUAACCUGACCUCCGACUUAAUUUUAAAGACUCGUACCUGGGACUAGGAGUUCAAUAUUAGUCCAUAUCUGUAAUGUUGACUUCAAGAGUCAAAACGAUAAUUAAUUGAGAUUAGUUGAAAUGUCUCCUGUAACCUGGGGCCAUAUCCACAAAGUGUCUCAGAAAAGGCCCAAGGAAUCCUGUUAAAAGCUUUUGUUAGAAAACUCCUAGCUCAGAGUAGGUUUUAGGAUGUUAAGUCACUGCUCCGACAAACUCAAUGUCUUAUCUUGUUAUCACGACAGUUUGAGGUACUGCAAAGGAAAGAUAGUGAUGGCGCUUUUUGACGUUGUUGCAAAUGAUUAAUCGUUAUGAGGCAUUGCCAGCUGUGAACUCUAUAGCACGCUUCAGACGUGACUGUAUGUUGCAAUAGUGUAGUGUUUGACAUAAUUUUUGCCUGACACGGUCAGCCUUCUCUUAAUUCUUGCCUAAUAUGUUGGCAUGCGAAAUAUAUAUAUUUUUUUACCAAUUCUGAUGGUUGUUCAAAUCUAAUUAGCAUAAUAAAGAAAUACCCAUCAAAUUCCGUUUUUUUUUUACGGUAAUGAGCAGUUUGUCGCCCUUCCACAGUGAAAGGUGGCAGAGCUAAAGCGGUGUUUGUCUUGCCGUGAGACAUCCCGAAAGUCGUUCUUUUCACAAACGUCUGUAGCGUAUUAUGACCCCCCCCAUGUCGAUUUUAGGUGCGACUCAUCACUAAAGAGGCUUCAUGCAAAGCUUUUAUUUUUUCCCAUACGGUCGUUGAAUUCCAUAUGAAUUCACUUUCUGCACCCCUUUAGAAUUGAACGAAACCUUCCAAACAUGUUUGUCCAUGGUAGAAGUUGUCUGAAAGUGACUUUUUGGACCUGAAUGCCAAAACAUUCAGGAGAUAGUUGCGCAAAGUUGACCCAUUUUGCAUUUCCCACCCUACCGUAAGACAUCCAUGUCUUUAUGACUGAAAAAUAUAACUGUUCUGAGUUUGAUGUCAUUUGAAAGGGUUGCCAAACUAUUUGAUACUUUUUUCCAAUAUACAUAUGUACACACACAGUACCAGUCAAAAGUUUGGACACCUACUCAUUCAAGGGUUUCUAUUUAUUUUUUACUAUUUUCUACAUUGU